GUAAACAAAGAUGGUGGAUUGUGAAAAUACUACUCACACAGAAAACAAAAUGAAAAAAUUGGAAUUGUUGAAUAUAUUUCUCACCGAGAAAUUAACCACGGCUGCCAAUGAGAUAUUUGGGGCUGUGAAGGGUACUAUAGUUGAGUACCAGACAGAAAUCGUUCGCUCCAAGGAGGAGAACAAUCAUCUCCGAAAGCUGCUGGAUAUCGCUGUUCAGCGCGUUCUACUUCAAACAGACUGUCAUACUAUCCAUCUCACUGAAGAUGCAUCUUCACCUGAGCAGCAGCAUCGUGAGCAGGAGUGGACCCCCGGUCUAGGCCAGGAGGACCCAGAGCCCACACAGAUUAAAGAGGAACAGGAGCUCAGAAACAGUCCAGAGGAAGAGCAGCUUCAAGGGCUGGAGUCUGAAACCGAAGGAGAAUCCAUAUAUACGCCUUCUUUUGUGAAAAGUAACUGUGAUCAGGACCCACCUCCACAUCUUCCCCAAACUGUGAACAACAGAGAAGGAGACUCUUUAGCCAGAACCAUAUCUAAUAAUCAUAUCAAAAUAGAGAAUGAAGGAGAAGGCUACAGCACAUCAGAACCAACCAGUGACUUACAGCACGUCUUCACCGUGAAUUCAGACUGUCUUGCAGCUCGGAGUGAAAACAGUGCCCAACCCAAUAUCAACAAUAGAAUUCAGAGAGGACUCUCAGAAUAUGAGGCCCCACAGCCACAGGCAACAUAUGAAAGAGAAAGUAUUGGUCUACACAUACAUGUUAGAGACCAGAACACCACCAAGCUGCCUCAACAGAGAUCCCCCUAUCAAGCCCAAGGCAUACAGAGUGUGUAUCCUUGCCGUGAGUGUGGGAAGUGCUUCAAUUUCUCUUGUCAGUUAGAAGUCCACAUGCGAUGGCACAGCAAGGAAAGACCAUUCAGCUGCUCUGUGUGUCGAAAAAGCUUCACCACCAUCAGCCUGUUGAGGAGACACCACCGCAUUCACACUGGAGAGAAACCCUACCGCUGUCACAUCUGUGGGAAAUGUUUCAAUCAGUCGGCUCACCUGAACACCCACUUUAAAAUUCACCCAGGGGAGAGACCACACAGCUGGAAAAUGUCUCAGUCAAAACGUUAACAGCAAAGACAUCUACACUCAGAAGGGAGAGUAACAUGUACAGUCCUGUGUGGCUCAGUCGGUAGAGCAUGGCGCUUGCAACGCCAAGCGUCGUGGGUUCGAUUCCCACUGGGGCCACCCAUAUGUAAAAGUAGUGGCCCCAGCCGACUUGUAAGUCGCUUUGGACAAAAGCGUCUGCUAAAUGGGAUAUAUAUCUGGGCAGUAGAACUAUUGUCCAGGAUUUAAGACACUAGAAGAACCCGUGAUUGAUGUUUGAACAAUGCAUUACAAUACAUUGAGGACUGGUGCUGUUAUUCUUUUGUAAUUAUAUUAGAUGCAGAGGGUAGAAAAUCCAUCUUAUUCAACCUAACUAGAUGCAAUCAAUCAAUUAAUUAGAUCAUCCUUAUCUAUUUCCCUUUAGGACUUGGACCUGACUGCUGGGCUGUAUGACUAGCCUAUUAGGGUCUUGCCACAGUUAUCCUUAUCCCUAAUGAUAAUAAUACAUGGGACUUUAAGAACCUUUCAGAAACCAUAAGAACACUGCACACCAAAGAGUAUGAAACAAGACAAUAAAAUGAAUAAAAGCUACUUAUCUUAGGCUAGGGCUGAGUAAGGGUGAGCUAAGCUUAGGGGAAUGCGAGACUAAACAAGUAGGCUUUGAUAUUGUUUUUGAAAAUGGCGAUGGAGUCUGAAUUGCAGGUGGCUUGGGGGGGGGAGGAUUUCCAAAGUUUGGGGGCAGCGGUGCUAAAAAAAAAAAAAUUUUGCAACCAGGAAAUGGCGGAGCAAUUUCUACAUAGUGCAUCUUUAACGGUUUUAAUAAAUAAUUGGUCUGUUUCAAGUCA